CGAGAUUCAAAGAGAGGGCAGCUCAACCACCCACAAACGCACUGAACUCUGAGUCGGUGGACCCUGACCACACUACGCUAAUUGCUAAGAGAUAUCUCAUCAAUCGGAAACUGGGAAGGGGAAGCUUUGGUACCAUCUAUCUGGUUCAGGACACCAAGGCUGCAGCUGGUGAUAGACUUAAAGUUUUGAAGGAAAUCCCAGUAGGUGGCCUAAAACCCAAUGAGACGGUCCAGGCCAAUCAGGAGGCCCAGCUUCUGUCACAGCUGCAUCACCCCGCCAUUUUGAAGUUCUACACCAGCUUCCUGGAGAGGGACAGCUUCUGCAUCAUCACCGAGUACUGUGAGGACCGUGACCUGGACUGUAAGCUGGAGGAGCUGAGAGCUGCGGGGAGCUGGCUCCAUGAGACACAGGUCACUGAGUGGCUCAUUCAGCUGCUGCUCGGGGUCCACUACAUGCACCAGAGGCGGAUCCUUCAUCGGGACCUGAAAGCCAAAAACAUUUUUCUGAAGAAAAACAUUGUUAAAAUAGGUGACUUUGGAGUGUCCUGCCUGCUCAUGGGCUCGUGUGACCUGGCCACCACCUUCACAGGCACCCCGUACUACAUGAGCCCCGAGGCCCUCAGCCACCAGGGCUACGACGCCAAGUCUGAUAUCUGGUCUCUGGGAUGUGUGCUGUACGAGAUGUGCUGUCUGGCGCACGCCUUUGAGGGACACAACUUCCUCUCUGUUGUCAUGAAGAUAGUUGAGGGUGAGACCCCAUGUCUGCCUGAGAGAUACUCCACUGAGCUCAACACCUUACUGCAGAGGAUGUUGGUGAAGGACCCAGUGUCCAGAACAUCUGCUGCAGAGGCACUCAGAAGCACGUACAUUGAAGAGAACAUGCAGGCCAUAAAGCACAAGUUCUCCAGCAUGACUCUGCAGGACAGAACAUCAGGUGGGGACCAAGAUGCCGCUCAGAUACUGAAAGCCAUGCAGAGGAAGGUGCACCUCCAGACGCUGCAGCAGAGGGCCGAGGUGCAGAAGAUGACCCCCAGAGAGCGCAUGCGGCUCCGCAAGCUGCAGGCCGCAGAUGAGAAAGCCAGGAAGCUGAAGCAGCUGGCCGAGGAGAAGUACCAGGAGAACUGUCUGCGCAUGCGGGAGCUCCGGUGCCGACAUUUUCAGACAGUCACUGUGGAUGUGCUCACCGACACCACCAGGGAGAGUGACAUUAGUCUGCACCAGCCAGCGCCACCGCUGGAUAGCCAAUCAGCAGGCCCUGCAGGCUCAGUGGGAGAUGAGAUUGCAGCACAGCAGUGCAGGCCUGACCAGAUGGAGAGUGGUGGGAAUCAGACAGCUCGUCUCAUCGGGGAGGAUAAAGUGAUGUGCGUGGAGAACAGUGCUGAGAUCCCAGAGGACCCUCUGACAGCGGAGGCGUAUUACUAUGAAGAUGGCUUUGAGUCGUGUUCUGAGGAAGGGGAGGAUGAGAUGGAGGAGGAUGAGGAAGAUAUGAAGGAUGAAGAUGAAAGCAACGUGGAGAGUGAGGCCUAUGACGCGUUUUCCCACACCUAUGGACAGGACGGUGACCUUGAGGCCAUGGUGUGGCAUAUGGAGAAUGUCCUCGACAGUGAGCCUACUGGAGCUGGGGCAGAAGAGAGUCCACGGGGCCCCGCCCACAUCAACACCACCAUGGCACGGAGCAGGAUCCAGCGCAUGAGGGAGGCAGUGACCCAGAAGCUUGGGGAGGACGUCUUCCAGAGGGUGUACAACUAUCUGAGGGAGGCCAGGAGGAGGAGGCAGAGUGAGCUGGAUGUCCGAGAGGCUCUGAGCAGAAUGGUGGAGAGACCCAGUGACUGCUUCGAGGUCGACCAGCUGCUGUACUACGAGGAGCAGCUCCAGGAGGCCCAGGGUGGCAGCUAGAGAUUUAUGGCCUAUGUAUGAUAUGGAGUAUGAUGUAAAUAUGGACACGCUCUUGAGUGCGUGCGCAUGCACACACACACACACACACACACACACACACACACACACACACACACCAUUUUAUGAGCAUAUUGUGGGAAUAUGAAGGUGUUUUUAAAUGUGUGUAUAUUACUGAAAAGAACAAAUAAAGGGAAUACAUCUUAUGGUUGGUUGGGGUUUUAGGAGACAUUUAUUUAAGAUUUCUAAAUUCUUUGUAUGUUGAAUCAAAUUGAUAA